AGACAAGCUUUUUAUGCUUCUAUUCGACACCACACUUAUACUCUUUUACACAACAUUUCCUGCAUUUGUGUAGUACCAUUUCCAUUUCUCAUUCAUUUUGGAUGAGGCCGCUUCUCCACGAUGACAUGGUUUCGUAUGAUGAUUCCGAUAGGAACCAACUACCAUCCACUAUUAAUGCUAUUCAACAUUCUUGGCUACUACCAGCUACUUUCAAGUUACUUUUGUUGGCAACACAACCACUAGAGUUGCCGCCAUCGACUCCCAUGGAACUGGAAAGUGCCAUUCAGUCUCCUCAAUGCAGUAUAUUAUUGGCGGAAAUUAUUGCCAAGUUUUUAGGGUUGCAAGAGCCUCGAAGAGAACAACUGUUAUUUCAAGCUGACCAUACCUGGAUGCCUGCGUUGGUCAAGUUGGUUCAUGAGCUUCGAAGAGAAUGUUUCGAACCUCUUUUUAUAGACAAACCGCAUCUCUUUUGGUUACCUUGUUCCAGAAGAAGAGGAAGGUUGAUUAGCUACUUAUUUUAUGACUGGCAAACUUGGAUUCAACUUGAACCGUUGGAUCGACUGGAAACGUUGUAUUUAUUGAUAGAAGUAGUGUUAUUUGAGUUGGAUACACCGCUAGCUGAGAAGAUAAGAAACAUGGCGCCUGAAAAGUUGCGCGUGGAACCCUUGGGAUUCGAUUCACAAAGAAAUUGUUAUUGGUACUUUGAUGAUGAUUGUCGUGUAUAUAUGGAAGAGCCAUUACCUUUUGGUACUAUUCCCUGGAAUGCAAAGGGAACAGCUGAUGUUCAUUCUUCUGUUGAAAAUGAAAGUCGCUCCCGUCCUCAUUCUUCUUCAUAUAGAAUAAAUACGCGGUCCUCCUCGAAAAGAAGAAUGGUGGAAGACAACGAACAGUCAGAUGAGGUUCAAGUCGACUUCAAGAAGAACGAAUCGAUGGCAACAUUCAUUGUACAAGAUGAACACUGUCUAUUGAAAUAUAGCAACUACGUUCCUUGUUUUGACCAAGAGACGCUUUCUAUUUCACAAUGGAAGAUACGAGCCGAAGGAGUACAUGAGUUGGAAGAAAUGGUUUCUAAUUGGAAAGACAAACGACAUGUACUUGAUCGUCAACUGAAGAAAAGAUUGUCAUCUGAACUAUUGCCUCUUUGGGAAGAAGAAGAAGAGCGAAUUGUGAAAGAAAGAGAGAAGCGUGAGAAAAAGGAUUGGAUCCCCAUAGCAAAGAGACGAUCAUCGCGAGUACUGGAAAAGCAAAGUAUACAAGAAGAAGAAGAAAAGAUAAAAGAGCAAGAAAGAGAACAAGCAGAAAAAAGACAGAAAAGAAGACAACGGCUACAAGCACAACGGUUGGCAGUUGUGGAAAUCAUUGAACGAGAAAGGGAGAAGGAAUUUCGUGAUCUUCGACAAAUUGAUCAUGCUUCAGAAUCACAACAGUCCAAUCAACAUGGAAUGCGGUGGCGAGAUAUUGGUGUACGUCAAUUGAGGGAUAAGAAGAGAAUUCCUUACAUGAAAUUGAGUGAUGAUGAAUAUGAUCCACAGGAAAUCGAACCCUUGACAUCACAAUUUGUGAUAUUUUUUGAUGAGUCAUCGGUAUUGAACGAAUAUGAUCGGCUUUUGGAAGAUAAUAGCACCAAAUGGAGGUUGGUGGAUCGCUUUGCAUUGUAUUCUACCAGGACAGGUCAAAUGGUAGCCAUCGAAGAUUUGGAUCAUAACGAUGAACGUCCAUUUGUAUUGGAAGCUAUAUUGAUUCCUCGUCAGGAAGGCAAUAAUAGUCCAUUGAUGCCUGCAGCCUUUCGUUGUAAUAACAUUCAAGACUGGUGUAUUGAAUAUGGAAUGGAACCGAGGCUUUGGUUGAAGUCAUCGAAUGGAAUUUGGUAUCAACUGAAAGAUCCUUACAAAGAAUAUCGGAAUGUUUACCAAACUACUCGUCGCAAAUUUGAGUUGUGUAGUCGCAUAUAUAUUCUUUGUAUGACUUUAUCUCCUUUGGUUUGUAGUUAUUCCAAGGUUGUAGAGUUUUUAAGUUAUGCCUAUGGCGAAAUGAAACCUUAUACGGAAGAUGAAAUUCUCAUGGAAGCAUCGUUUAUCUUAUCACAAUUUUGGUCGUUGAAUGAAGGGAGAAUUGUUCAUAGUGGAUUUUUUAGGCAUUUGCAGAAAAAACAUCGACAAGUUGUUGAACGUGAUGGACAUCACCCAUGGUCAUCAUGGAGUCGUUUGACUUUACAAUGGAACCAUAGUAGAAAUGACAACCAUGGGAAUGAGCAAUCUGAUAAUCAGACAAGAAAAGAAGAAAAUGUUGCAUCAUCUGUGAAAGUAGUCAUUCCCUAUCAUUCGAUGGCAACUGUUGUAGCUAAAGAAGAGAAAGGGAAUCGCAUGGAAUGGCAUUGUGUUGAUAAUGAAGCAAAAAGUGAUGCAUGAAAGAAAGAAAAGAGAUGGUUGUUUCAUUUCUUUUGUUGAAGAGGAUGAAUGAGAGAGAGAGAGAGAGAGAGAGACAGACAAGACCUUAUUCUCAUAUUAUACUAGGA